AUGUCUAAAGACACGGAGGCCAAGAGCGAGGAGAUUAUGGAGUCGAAGGUGCUCUGGUACCCGGACUCUAAACGAAACACACAAAUGGACCGAUUCCGGACUCAAGUGAACCGGGACUUCGGGGUGGUUGAUGUGUCUAAAAGGAUAUCUGAUGUACCCGAGUGGUUUAAAGGCAGCAGACUGAAUUAUGCAGAGAACCUGCUCAAACACAAAGACCAAGACAAAGUGGCUCUCUAUGCUGCAACUGAGGCAAAAGAGGAGAUCGUCAAAGUGACUUUCGGAGAGCUGAGGCGUGAUGUCGCUCUCUUCGCUGCUGCCAUGAGGAAGAUGGGCAUCAAAACUGGAGACAGGGUCGUAGGAUAUCUUCCCAAUGGGAUUCAUGCUGUUGAGGCUAUGCUCGCUGCUGCCAGUAUAGGUGCCAUCUGGAGUUCAACCUCUCCAGAUUUCGGUGUCAAUGGAGUUCUAGACCGAUUUUCUCAGAUCCAGCCCAAGUUGAUAUUCUCAGUAGCAGCUGUUGUGUAUAACAGCAAGCAGCACGACCAUAUGGAGAAACUCCAAAACGUUGUUAAAGGUCUACCUGACCUGAAGAAGGUUGUGGUCAUUCCAUACGUUCGCUCUCGACAAGACACUGACCUCUCCAAGAUUCCCAACAGCGUGUUCCUGGAUGACUUCUUGGCCACGGGUAAAGAAGGGGAUCAGGACCCUCAGCUGGAGUUUGAGCAGCUGCCCUUCUCUCAUCCUCUCUUCAUCAUGUACUCUUCUGGCACCACAGGAGCUCCCAAGUGCAUGGUGCAUUCUGCUGGGGGCACUCUCAUCCAGCAUCUUAAAGAACACAUUCUCCAUGGCAACAUGACCUACAAUGAUAUCAUCAUAUAUUACACUACGACGGGCUGGAUGAUGUGGAACUGGCUGGUGUCCUCUCUAGCCGUUGGGGCUUCUGUGGUCCUGUACGAUGGCUCCCCUCUUGUUCCCAGUGCUAAUGUGCUCUGGGACCUUGUAGACUGUCUGGGAAUCACGAUUUUUGGGACUGGAGCGAAAUGGCUGGCUGUGCUGGAGGAGAGAAAUCUGAAACCUGCAAACACACACAACCUGCAGACCCUCCACACACUCCUUUCUACGGGAUCUCCAUUGAAGCCUCAGAGCUAUGAGUAUGUGUACAGCUGUAUUAAGAACAAUGUGCUACUGGGAUCCAUAUCAGGUGGCACAGACAUCAUUUCAUGCUUCAUGGGUCAGAACAUGACGGUGCCUGUUUACAGAGGGGAAAUUCAGGCCCGAAAUCUGGGCAUGGCCGUGGAGUCCUGGAACUGUGAAGGUAAGCCUGUUUGGGGCGAGAGCGGGGAGCUGGUGUGCUUGAAGCCCAUCCCGUGCCAGCCCACUCAUUUCUGGAACGACGAGAACAGCAGCAAAUACCACAAAGCCUACUUUUCUACCUUCCCAGGACUCUGGGCCCACGGUGAUUACUGUAAGAUAAAUCCAAAAACGGGAGGAGUCGUCAUGCUGGGGAGAAGUGACGGAACCUUGAAUCCUAAUGGUGUUCGGUUUGGGAGCUCAGAAAUUUCAAAUAUUGUGAAAUCCUUUGAGGAAGUUUCCGACAGCCUUUGUGUCCCUCAGUACAACAGUGAUGGAGAGGAGAGGGUGAUUCUGUUCCUGAAGAUGGGACCCAAUAAGAGCUUCAGUCAAGAGCUAGUGGGGAAGAUCUGCGGCGCUAUCAGAGUAGCUCUCUCUGCACGACACGUACCAGCCUUGAUACUGGAGACCAAAGACAUCCCGUACACUAUCAGCGGAAAGAAGGUCGAAGUCGCAGUAAAGCAGGUGAUCGCAGGUAAGGACGUCACUCAGCGAGGGGCCUUCUCAAACCCAGACUCCUUGGACCUCUACAAGAACCUACCUGAACUCCAGAACUUCUGAGCGCUUGUGUGAGGUACAUCUGAACUCUGGAAAGUCCUGUGAUUCUGGAUGCCUUCGAAGGGUUCAGAUUCUCUGGACACCUGUUGGAGCUUUGGACCAUCUGGAGGAAUUUCUAGAGCUUUCAAACAUCAAAGUUCUUAGUUUUCGCUGCCUGUUGUGGCACACUCAGCUACCUUUUGGAACUGAUGGAGUCUGCACAUGUAGCACUUCCUCAAAAGUGUAACUGGUUCCUCUUGGAUCUCAAAGGAUCUUAUCUGCUUCUGUUAUUGCGUCCACCAAGCGUAAUAUUUCCAAGAGACAUACUGAACUCCCAAGUAAUUCACAAAUUAUUUCUUUAUCUACCAUGUCAGUCCCAUAUCCUCCCUCUCAUUUUUUGAUACAAUGUCACUUUAAUCUUAAUGAAGGUGUAGGAAAAUCUGUCCGUGAAUCUUUUGAAGCUCUAAAAUGACACUUUAUUCUCAUAAAUCUUCAGGAAUCAAAUACACAGAUUUGUUGCUGAACAUUGUGGAUUUAAGAUUAUAUUUCUUGUGGUAAAGUUGGGAGCCAUUUCUCUAGUAAUAUUGAUUUUUUUUGGGUCAAACCAACUGCUAACAUUUACGAAGCAAAGUAUUACUGGUACAGUUUCCGGAUUACGACCUGUUGCCGUAAUAAAAUCAAUGCAACUUGUGUCAAAUUUUCCCCUAAAGCCUGACUUCCUGUCUGGAAACAUGAAUAUAUUUAUAUUUUUAACAAUAUCCUAUGAGUAAAUGGCGAUUCAUCACAUCUGCUGUAUUUGUAGGGUAUAUUAUAGUGUCCAGAACUACUCUCUGUUGUCUAGUGAGUGUGGAUUUGAACUGAAGCUGAUGUAGCUCACUGGCCAAAAAGAUUUCCAUAUAUUUUUACAUAUAUACUGUAUAUAUUUGAUUCCGUAUAUGCAGCUGCAUGUUGCGUGCUACACUAGCUUCCCCUCUUUCUCUGUCUCUUUCGGUGCGCCUUAUAUCAAGUUUUCAUCAACAACUGAAGCUCAUCUUAUUUCUUUGAGCCAUUCUUUGGUAUACAGCUUUAUUUUUGCAGUCCCCAAAUACACUGGCUUACUUUUUUCAUAUUUCCCAUCAUCAGAACACUGCACACAUAUGAAAAAAGCUGCUUUGUUUGUUUGUUGUUUAAGGUUUUGAAAGUCAGCAAGACGGUUUCAGUGACAUGAUGUCCAGAUUACAUUAGAUUAUAUAAUGUUUGCAUUAGGAGUAAAGGGAAGAAUACUGGGCAGUCAAAAUGUAUCUAAAACCACAACGAAAACUAGAAAAUAUUGAUUUAUGUUGGAUCAGAUUCAAGCUCUUUGACAUGUACUGAUGAUGCAUUUACACUCGCUUUGCAGCAUAUCACAGAAACAUUUAUCAUCAGCAAGCCACCAUCCAGAAAAUGUUUUUUUGUGACACUGAGAGAGGAUAUGCUGUAGCUGCUCGCAUCAAAAGCUUGAAAAUGUGCUGCGUUUUAAUCAUUUUAAAAUAAUUUUGCGCUAGUAAUGUUAUUUCAGCAGUUGUUUACAACAGAGAAGCCUCACAGGCUAGUAUUGAUGUACAUUUCAAGUUUUAAUGGGUCAUAUUUUUGGGAUAAGUUUGGGUUUUGUGCAUGGGUCUGUUUGGUUCAGGUAAUGUAAUCUGGGUUUGUUACACGUUGGAAAAUGAAUUUUUAACCUGUGAGUAAAUCCAUUUGACCUCAGUGAGGACUCCUUACUUGGUUUCUUAAAAGAAACUACACACUACAGAUCUGAAAAAAACGUUUUUUUUUUUUAUAUACAACAUAAAGGUUAGGCAUAAUGAAACUCAAAAGGGUGGACUGGCCCUUUAAAAGGCUCAUUUCUUUCAAAUGGAAAUGGUUCAGAAUAGAGGUGCAGAUGGCAAGCAGUUGUGCAGAUCGCCUGAAUUAAAUCAGUCCUUAUUUCCGCUUCAGACAAGCAGGGACGGGUCUGUUUCACCUCAUGGCCACCCUUGUGCCACCAUAUGCCCCAUAUCUGCUCAGUUUUGCUGACAGGACUUGCCUGGUCUGGGACUGUGGACAUAAGGAAAGCUACCAAAUCCUUAUUUAUUGAUAGUCACUGUGGAUUUCGCUGUAACCUAUGCCUUGUUGCAAACAUAUUUGUCCCCCAACAUUUAUUAAAUUUUUCCACAUUUAGCAAUUUCAUGAACAUUCCAUGGAGAUCUAUUCCAUUUUAUUACCCUUUUUUUCUGCUUCUUUUUGAUACAUGGAAAUACUGGAAAUAAUUGUCCUUAUUAUUGUAUUACAUUAAAUGCAUUUGGUGUACUACUAGUAAAUAAAAGGUGCUUUCUUCUUGGUGGCUAAUUUAGUAUUCCUGCUUUGAAAUAACAUUUAUUGUACAUCGCAGAAUGUGAAUAAUGAUUACUAAUAUAGUUGAGAAUAUAUUUGUUAUGAAUAUAUUAUGCCCAUAUGCUGUAUAUCAUUGGACCGCUUCAGUUAUGUCCACUAGGAGCAUACAUGUAUUUCAUGUAUAAAGAUGCUUAUUGUACUCCUAAUUAAAGAACUAAAAAAUAAUUCUGGCCUGCCG